AUGUCUGCGCGCUCGAUACCAUUGAAGGCCCUGGCCAGGGCCCCCUGCACCACCGUGCGCAGGCCGUUUUGGCCGAGGUUGGCUCCGUCGCUACGUAUUCCAACCAGGACUCUCAACCAUCCCCUUCGAUUGGCAUCUUCACCCCUUCCUUCUCGUGGACUGAGCACUUCAGCAUUCUCCCAAGCUCAACAUGAGGACGCCUCAAUUGCAUCUUCCGAAAAGCAGACACCGCAAACCCUGACUGAGAAGAUUGUACAGCGCUAUGCUGUCGGCCUACCAGAGGGAAAGGUUGUCCGGAGUGGCGACUACAUCAGUCUUGCGCCAAAGCACUGCAUGACUCACGACAACUCAUGGCCUGUCGCUCUAAAGUUCAUGUCAAUGGGUGCCACGAAAGUCCACAACCCCGAUCAGCUUGUCAUGACCCUCGACCACGAUGUCCAGAAUACCAGUGAAGCGAAUUUGAAGAAGUAUCAGCAAAUUGAACAAUUUGCUGGACAACAUGGUAUCGAUUUCUAUCCCGCGGGACGUGGUAUUGGUCACCAGAUUAUGGUCGAGGAAGGAUACGCAUGGCCCGGUACCAUGGCGGUAGCCUCAGACAGCCACUCCAACCACUAUGGAGGUGUCGGAUGUUUGGGCACGGCUGUUGUUCGGACGGACGCUGCUAGUAUUUGGGCAACAUCGCGCACAUGGUGGCAGAUCCCACCUGUUGCGCGUGUGACCUUGCUAGGAAGAUUACCCAAGGGUGUGACGGGCAAGGAUGUUAUCGUUGCGCUUUGUGGUUUGUUCAACAGCGACGUACUCAACCAUGCAAUUGAAUUCACUGGAUCAGAGGAAACAAUGGCAACUCUUCCUGUUGAUAGCAGAAUGACUAUUGCCAACAUGACAACUGAGUGGGGCGCGCUUACUGGCCUUUUCCCCAUCGAUCAAACCCUUGAACGCUGGCUCCGGGGUAAAGCUAGCGAGGCAGCAAUGCUUGAGGAUCGAACAACUCGAAACCGUAUCACGCACGAGAGGGUAGACGAACUAUUUGCUAACCCCCUGAGAGCUGAUCCCGAUGCUUUAUACGCCAAGCAGCUGUAUCUCGACCUGUCCACUCUCUCACCUUACGUCUCAGGUCCAAACUCGGUCAAGGUCGCGACACCAUUGAACGAACUUGCGCAGCAAAACAUCAAAGUUAACCGUGCAUACAUUGUUUCCUGUACCAACUCCCGGCACUCGGAUUUCAAGGCUGCCAGUCAAGUCUUCAAAGAUGCAGCCACGGCCAACCCUGGUACCACCCCCAAGAUCGCCGACGGUGUCCAACUCUAUAUUGCAGCGGCUUCCGUUCCUGAACAAGAGGCUGCCGAAGCCAGUGGUGAUUGGCAGAUUUUGCUUGAUGCUGGUGCGCAGCCGCUCCCUGCAGGAUGUGGACCUUGCAUCGGACUCGGUACCGGCCUCCUCGAACCAGGUGAGGUUGGCAUCAGUGCCAGCAACCGUAACUUCAAGGGACGCAUGGGUUCAAGAGAUGCACUAGCUUACUUAGCCAGCCCCGAAGUCGUGGCUGCUAGUGCCCUUAACGGUGUUAUCUCUGGCCCUGGUGCCUACGAGGUGCCAGAAGGCUGGUCCGGUGUGGAACACGGGUUCGGUAAUGGGCGCGACCACACUACCGAAGGUGCCUUGACCAGUAUCCUGGACCAGAUGGAAUCUUUCAUUGAUCGGGCUGAGUCUGCCGGCGAUGAAACUGUCAAGGCCGCCACUGAGAUUCUACCUGGUUUCCCUGAGAAGAUCAGUGGAGAAAUUGUUUUCUGUGACAUGGAUAAUCUGGAUACCGACAACAUUUACCCUGGAAAAUUGACAUACCAAGACAAUGUCUCGAAGGCCGAUAUGGCACAGGCCUGCAUGUCUAACUACGACCCCGAGUUCAAGAACAUUGCCAAGCCAAAUGAUAUUCUUGUCGCUGGUUUCAACUUCGGGUGCGGAUCUUCAAGAGAGCAAGCUGCUACCGCCAUUCUCGCCAAGCAAAUUCCCCUGGUCGUUGCAGGCAGCUUUGGUAACAUCUUCUCCCGAAACAGUAUCAACAACGCACUUAUGGGUCUUGAGGUUCCUCGUCUCGUUGAGCGAUUGCGCACUACUUUCGCUGAAGGAGAGCGUCAAACUACACGCCGGACAGGAUGGACUUUGACCUGGGAUGUCAAGCGUAGCGUUGUUGAAGUCAGCGAGGGUGAAAGUGGUGACAAGUGGACUGAGCAAGUCGGCGAACUACCAGCUAAUGUACAGGAGAUUAUUGCGGCAGGUGGUUUGGAGGCAUGGGUCAAGGAAGAGGUCAAAAAGGCGCAGUAA